AUUCAUCACUGCAGCAGUCACACUGUAUAACAUUAAUGUAUUCAAGUAACCCUAAAAUCUCGCGGUGCUACCAUUCAGACAUCUUGCAUUUCACUAAAUCUGGUCUUGGAGAACAUUUUCAUUAAAAAAACUACACACUAUAUAUAUGCCGCACAGAAACAGGCUGUUUUAGUCGUUAGAGCGAGGAUUAGUUUUUCUCCGGAUGUGAGGCGGUUAGACCGAGCCUCGCGUGCCAAUCCAACGGAGUUUAGACGGUCUCUCACGGGGGCUCUCUAGCCGUAUUGUGCGUCAUCUCCAUCGCUCGCUGCCGUUUUGUAAUUUUUCUCCAUUGAGGAAACAUGGCAACUCCCGCCGCUGUCAACCCGUCCGAGAUGGGCAGUGAGUUGCCAGGGACAGUAGCCAUGCCUGGGGCUGUUGGAGCCAGUCAGGUGAGGAUGGGUGGAGCUGUGCCAGGCCGCGGGGGCAAGAGAAGAUCCGGAGGAAUGGACUUUGACGACGAAGACGGAGAGGGACCUAGCAAAUUUUCAAGAGAGAACCACAGUGAGAUUGAGCGACGCCGGCGCAACAAAAUGACCCAGUACAUCACCGAGCUGUCGGACAUGGUCCCUACCUGCAGCGCGCUGGCCCGGAAACCGGAUAAGCUCACCAUCCUGCGUAUGGCUGUCUCCCAUAUGAAAUCCAUGAGGGGCACCGGCAACACGUCCACCGAUGGCGCCUACAAGCCCUCCUUUCUCACUGAACAGGAACUGAAGCAUCUGAUCCUGGAGGCGGCGGACGGCUUCCUGUUUGUGGUUGCUGCAGAGACGGGACGGGUGAUCUACGUGUCGGACUCGGUGACGCCGGUGCUGAACCAUCCCCAGUCGGAGUGGUUUGGCAGCACUCUGUACGAACAGGUCCACCCCGACGAUGUGGACAAGCUGAGGGAACAGCUCAGUACUUCAGAAAACUCCAUGACAGGACGGAUUCUGGACCUGAAGACAGGAACAGUGAAGAAGGAGGGACAGCAGUCCUCCAUGAGGAUGUGCAUGGGCUCCCGGCGCUCCUUCAUCUGCCGCAUGAGGUGCGGUAGUGCUCCUCUGGAUCACAUUUCCCUAAACCGUCUAUCUAACAUGAGGAAGAGAUACAGGAAUGGUCUUGGACCCUCAAAAGAAGGAGAUGCUCAAUACUCUGUGGUGCAUUGCACUGGCUACAUCAAAGCAUGGCCUCCUGCAGGUAUGACUAUACCUGAAGAAGACACAGAGGCAGGUCAGACUGGAAAAUACUGUCUGGUUGCCAUCGGAAGACUGCAGGUGACCAGCUCUCCAGUCUCUAUGGACAUGAAUGGCCUGUCCGUACCUACAGAGUUCCUGUCACGUCACAACUCGGAUGGUGUCAUCACUUUCGUCGACCCGCGCUGCAUCAACGUCAUUGGUUACCAGCCUCAGGACUUGCUGGGGAAAGAUAUCCUGGAGUUCUGCCAUCCCGAGGACCAGAGUCACCUGAGGGAAAGUUUCCAACAGGUGGUGAAGUUGAAGGGUCAGGUUCUGUCUGUGAUGUACCGUUUCCGCAUGAAGAACAGGGAAUGGAUGCUCAUCCGAACCAGCAGCUUCACCUUCCAGAACCCAUACUCUGAUGAGAUAGAAUAUAUCAUCUGCACCAACACCAACGUCAAGCAGCUACAGCAGCAGCAGCAGGCCGAGCUAGAGGUUCACCAGAGGGAUGGACUGACUGCAUAUGAUCUUUCCCAGGUGCCUGUGGCUAGCGUCAGCAGUGGAGUCCAUGAGGCUGGGAAGAACAUCGACAAGACAGAAAUCCUGUUCUCCCAGGAGAGAGACCCACGCUUUGCUGAGAUGUACACUGGCAUCUCUGGCUCGGGAGAUAAGAAGAUGAUGGUUCCCUCCUCCACAGCUGGAGGCCAACAGCUCUACUCGCAGAGCUCUCCCUUCCAGCAGGGACACUCCGGCAAAAGCUUCAGUUCCUCUGUGAUCCAUGUCCCCGGUGUGAACGACAUUCAGCCAUCAGGGUCAUCCAAUCAGAAUCUAGCUCAGAUCUCCAGACAGCUCAAUCCCGGCCAGGUGGCAUGGUCAGGCAACCGACCCCCCUUCUCUGGACAGCCCAGUAAAACCCAGUCCAGUCCCUUUGGUAUUGGUUCUGGCCACAGCUACCAGACGGACCCGGCCUCCUACAGUCCCCUGUCAUCCCCGGCCACUUCCUCCCCCAGUGGCAACGCCUACUCAGGACUGACAAACCGCAGCACAGCUUUUGAUGUGUCGGGGGAGAGCAGUCAGAGUGGAGCCCAGUUCCAGGGGCGUCCCAGUGAGGUCUGGUCCCAGUGGCAGAACCAGCAUCACUCACAGCAGGCCGGUGAACAGCACACACACCCCAACCCCAGCCAGACAGAGGUCUUCCAGGACAUGUUACCGAUGGCUGGCGAUCCCACCCAGGGAACAGCCAACUACAACAUUGAGGACUUUGCUGACCUCGGCAUGUUCCCACCCUUCUCUGAGUAAAGAAAAAAACCUUUCCUCCAUGACUCUCCCUCUCAGAACUGGACCGAUGUUUGCAUUCAUCUGUCAUGUUGUUUCAUUUUUCUAAUAUUGCUGGAUCGCCAACACACAGCUGAUGUGCAGCACGCUGAAUGUCCGUCUACAUGUGUCAUACACAACACACAGUUCACUUACCGGUUGGGCUCCGCGGCCUGCAGUAUUUAUCUGUGAACUUACACAUACCUCAUCUUUGUAAAGAGGAACCUUGCUGACAGAUGGAAGGUACACCACUCAACCUGUAUCAGCUCUCUGACUGACUCACAAUGUUACACACAUUGUCUCAAGCUCUUAGAACAAACGAGGCGGUCUGGGACAUUCAGGUUUUUGAAACUGUUCCCAGCAUUCAGCGCCAGCAUGACCAGAGGAGGGCAGACAGGUGAUUUUAGCUCUUUUGACUCUGAUGAAACACUAGUCCUCUAAUGAAGUUUGUUGCCUCAGGGUUGUGUGCUCCAGAAUACUUUGGACUAAAUCUUUGAAGUCUGUCCUGACCAGACUGCCGUUCCCUGAGAGCAGCGGACAGGUCUGCAAUUCCCUGUGUGUUAAACCUCUUCCUUCAUGUGAUUAUAGCUGUAUUUGUCAGAGACUAGUAUCAGUAUUAUUAUUAAAGAUUUUACACUUUUUCUCUUUAAAAAUUUUCACAUGGUAGAGCUAUGGCGAUAUGGAAAAAAUCCGAUAUCACAAUAUUUUUUAACAAAUACCUCAAGGUCAAAAUUGCGGCGAUAUUGUAGGGUUGACCAUUGGUCACUGUUUAGCUAUUGGAAAAUAACAUCACUUUACUGUAAUGCCGCCUUUAAAACCAGGAAAAGACAACAGUCAUGUCAGAUCACGAUGUUAUAAUAUCCAAAAUCUAAGACGAAAUCUAGUCUCAUAUAUCGAUGCUGAUAUAAUAUCGGCACCGUUUUUGUCAGCAGAUUAGCUUAGUUGGCUAAUGGAACCAACAGGGUAUCUCAUAAAUUACCCCACUUAUAAUGCCAGAAAUGAUACCAAACUUUUAAAGUAGUACAAAUAAGUUAUGCACUUAUAAAAACAAUGGAUUGGGAAGUUUGUAAGUACACCAGGAGUUUAUUUAAUAACACUGGCCUGUUGGCUUCUGCUCUCAGCUGCUACUGCUAUGGGCUAUAGCAGCAGAAAAGAGAUACAACAAAAAUAUUUAUUAAUUCAACGAUUAAAUAAGGUGGUGUCUCCAAACUUAACCCCAAUUAUAACUUGUCUCCUGCUAGUUGUACUACAGCACUUAAUUAAAAAAAAAAAAAAUCAAAUUAAUCAAUCAUGACCUCAAAGUAUUCAGUUAGCAACCUGCGGUAAAAUGUCUGUAAACUGUGCGGAACAUUGUUAGUGUACAGAACACCGUUUGUCCACGUUCAGACACAGAUAGAGAAGUGGAGAUGCUGCCACGUUUUUAAUAAUUUAGUAAUAAUUUAAUACCGGUUUACGGUAGGCCCACCCAUUAUGAUUGAGCACACAGAAAUGUGCACAGAAGAUAUUAGGCUGAUGGGUCUAGUAGUAGGCUAUGAGAGAUUAGCUGUGGACAGGCAGUUGAAUGACUUAAUUAAAAAAAGAAUGCGUUAGACUACUAGUUACUGCCUAGCUGCUGUAACGUGUAUGUCUCCACACUAAUCAGUCAUUCUGCUGUCAACAAAGGGACAUACUCUGUCAUAGGUUUAUGGUUGCUGCGGUGAUCCCAGCAUGAGGUGCGCGAGCCGUAAAAAGACGUCACCGCGGCUGUUUCCAGCGCGAAGGCGCCGCAAGUUGUUGCAGCGUGUAGGCUACAGGGUGACUGCUCCUCAACUGCUGCAGAACAUUAACAGUUAUUGCAGCCCAUGUCACCUGUGACAUAGGUAAUAUUAGCCCCUCUGACACGAAGUAGCACCUUAAGGUGCUAGCCCAGAGAGUCUCUGCUACAGCCGGUCUGUUCCGGAUGGAGUUGUUUCAUGCAGGCCUUUUGGAUAGGAUUAUUGAAGCUAAUGUUGGACAACUGAAACACGCUGCAGUAAAUUUGACCUAAAUUGUAAUUUAUUGAUUUUACAGUAAUACGUUAUUAUAUCAUUUAUCAUUUCACUCUAAGUGAUGGUGUUGGGGUAGAGCUGACGGUAAGUUCUGCUGCACGAUAUCUUCACAUUUGAUUUAACUGUAAAAAGUUACACCAUGGUAAUAAAUCAUGACUUAUCUGUGGAGGAAUUCAGACCUGUCCUACUCCAGAAAGGUUGGCCAAAGGUUUUAGAGUUCUGAUUGUGACUGGGUGGAGAAAUAAAGAUUGCAAAACAUUGGCUUACUCUAUGAACAUUAAAAACUGAAAUAGAUUUUUUUUUUGAAAGAUGUAAAGAACAGGUCUGACACCAUGCCCAUAGAGCGUGUGAGAGUGAGCAGAACAUGACAAACGCUGCUGUAGAUCUCAUCACAGUCUCAACAUCCCACACAGCAACGGUUUCUGUAAAUAUGCGUUGCUUUACUUCCUAGCAUGAUUAUAUUGCAGUGUGAGCACAGCCAACAACGUGGCAAUAACCCGUACCGGCUCAUACAUUUCACCUGCUGUCAGUAGCCAGCUACGCUGACAAUGGUGUUGCCACAGCAACCCAUGCAGAUAGGUUGGUGAUGUCUGGACACACAAAUGAUGAUCUGAUCACUUGUAAAUAACAGAGCAGGCAGUCAGUCUCGGAUUAUGGAAACAAAUGGGAUUUUCCUGCAGUCUGAAUGUAGCCAUGGUGACAUAAAUUCAGGAAUAAGUGACUUCAGCUGUCAGUCCAGACAGGAUGUCACUCACUUACUUACAGCACAGCAAGACCAACAAAGUUAACAAAAUAAAUAAAUAAUAGUAGGACCAAUACUUGAUUGAUGGCCUCCUCUGGUUGUACCUGCAGUGACUGUAGAGAGCAGUGUUGAUGUUCAUGCCAGUCCCAACACUACUUGCCUCUUGCACACCACCGCUGCCAAACCGCCACAGGAGAGCUGUCCGUCUCCGCCUGCUGCCGUUCCUCUCUCUCUCUCUCUCUCUCUCUCUCUCUCUCUCUCGCCCUCUCUCUCUCUCUCUGUCAUCACCCUUACUGUGUAAACUUUAUGUAGUGAUGUCCACACCUCUAGAGACAAAACCUGAUGCAAGUGUAGAAGCAUUCUAUGUAUAAAUUCAAAAUAGAAAAUAAUACAAAAAAAUGAAAAACCUCAUUGCAGACAGUGACUAAGCUAAGGCUUAAAGUGCACUUCAUGAGGCUAACUGCUAAUCUCAUCAGCCUGCUUUAAAAAGGGAAAAACCGCCAUACCGUUCAAGCAAAGCGCAGUAUUUACUAGUGUAUUGGUGUUCUUCAGCUCUGGCUACUUGACUUUAUUACUUUAUAACCUUUUGAACUAUUAAGAGACUGAAUAAUACUUUCUAGUGGGGGAGCUUUUACAUGAUAGAUUGUAUAACGUCUCUGACAGACGUAUGGGAGAACAGACAUCAGAGUCCUUUUGCUAAAGAUCUCAAAUGGAUGUUUUUUUUGUAAAUAAUGUGAUCUCUAUGUUGACUCGUGUUACUUUCACACAGUACAUGUUUUUUGUGUAGGUUUUAACGAUAUUGUGUGCAAUGUGAGUACAUAUUUAACUAUUGGUAUUUAGUUAGUCUAUUAAUUGUACAUUGAGUUCUAGACCUGUAUAAAUUGUGUAAAUGUGACCCAUUAUUUUUGUGUAACAAAUUGUGCUUGUGACAAUAAAUUCUUAUUGGUUACGUGGC